AAACAACAACAAAACAAUCGACGUACAAAAGAUUUUUAAACCUGUAGAUUAUCAUCAAAAACUUAUAUAUAGGAAAUCAACAGGAAGUCGGAUUAAAAAUGUUUGAAUCUAUUUACACAACCAUUGAAGAAGGUAAAGUUCAAAGUCCGGGUUGAGGUAUUCAACUUUUUGUAACAUACAUUAACUGAAUGAAAUAAACGACUCUUGUGGAUUAGAAAAAGACAUCCAUAUAUUGUACGAAGAGAAAUGGCAUGAGUUAUAUGCCUAGGUUUUUGAGAUAAUUAUGCAGAUUUGCGACAGAAAAACAUUACACUACAUGUCUAGAUUUCCACGGCGCUGUACAUUUCGAUGUGUCAAUAACUAUGUCAUCGGGAUCGCUAUCCUGUGUAUGAAUGUUCGUGAACUGACCAGGUGGUUCCUGUUUGCGGAAUUUUGUUAUGCCAUUCCUGGUGGUUCCAGUUUGUGGACUUUCGUAACAUCCUUUAUGGUUCCUGUUUGCGGAUUUUUGUUACAUCAUACCAAGAGAUUUGUAGAUUGUGUUGGAGGCAAGAAAUGGCCAUGGAUAAUUUGCACUCUUCUUGUGUUGCUAGUGUUGAGAAGAUGGUCAACCGGAGAAAAGAUUUACUUUUUUCAGUUUACAUACCCAUUACACAAUUUAAUUGAUGUUGUUGAAGAAAUAGCAACUACUGGUCAGACAACAGAAAAUCCAUUGAACAAUGUUACUAAGCAUUAUGUCAUUAAAAAAGACCCGUUCCCAAAGAACUGUGGUAGUGAAUCGUGUGAUAGUUUCGAUAUAGUUUUUAUUGUCAAGUCAUUUGUGGGCAAUUUUGGUCAGAGGGUCGCCAUUCGGAACACUUGGGGAUCAAAAAAAAAUCCACGUGUGAAAACGUUGUUCGUUUUAGGAUAUCUAGAAAGUUUUCAACCGUUCGUUGAUUUUGAAUAUGAAAAAUUUGGCGAUAUUCUCCAGUUUGGAUUCAAGGAUACCUACGAUAGUCUAGUAUAUAAAACGAUUCUUCCAAUCGAUUGGUUAGUGAAGCGUAAUAUUAACACUAAAUAUGUGCAUUUUCUAGAUGAUGAUCGUCUAGUUAACACCAGGCGUUUGCUAGAGUUUGCCAAUGACAAUAUUGGAAUUACAGAAAAAAAGAUCAUUGGACACAAAAUGAUAAUUUCAAGACCGUAUAGAGACAAAUCUUCAAAAUGGUUUACGAGUUUAGAAGAAUAUCCUUUUGAUUAUUGGCCCCAAUAUCUAAUCGGAGGAACACUAUUAACGAAUAUGAAAGUAGUCAAAAGUCUUGCUUAUUCCAUUCCUUUCACAAGAAUUAUCCGAAUGGAAGAUGCUUUCAUAGGAAUCCUUUCUAAGCUACUUAAGAUAAACGUUGUACAUAAUUGUGGCUUUAUGUCAUAUUUUACUUCCGGUUCUGAUUUGAAAGAUAAACUAUCAAGUCCAGACUAUAAAUCUUAUAAUUCAUUAAUCGACGGCUGGAAACAACUACAAAAUUAAUGUGCUGGAGAAAGACACAGACGUUGAUCUCAAUAGUGUAUAAAGUGAUACUUUUCAUCAAAAUUCGCCGUUUCUUUGAGAAAAAGAUUAUCGGCUAUUUCAGUGUUCAAACUCCAAAAUGAAAAUGACGUCACACAGCUGUUUGAUUAACGCAUUUGAGAAUACCCAUAGUUCGCUAAUAGGUUUAUAUACAAUUAUAUAUGAGUGCUAAUUGCAUGUAUAUUAAGUUUCAUAUUUAAAAUAGUCCAUGUAUGUUAUGUUUUUAUCAAAUACUUCAGAAAAGGCCGUUAUUUGUUAUAAACACUUUGACAAAUCGAAUGUUUGUAAUAUUUAAUUAAAAGGUCGUAAUUUGUUAUGAGUUAAACUAUCAGCAUAAAGUAUACAUAAGCACUUUGAAUAAUCAAAUGUUUUUAAUACUUAGCAAAACAUAACUAGCUAUAAAAGAAAAUUGGAAAGCCAUGAUAUUUUAUAUGAAAUAAAAUUAUAAAAAAAAAGUUUGGUAAUGACAUAUUACUUGGCCCAUGUCAAUUUUAAUGGUAGUGCUUCAUCAUACCAAUACAGGCAAAACCACAGGCAAAAACCAUAUAAUAGUCCUGCUCACUGGCAGAAAAAAUAUUUGACAAUCAAAGUAUUAUAAUUUUUAUGAAAUAAUUUACGUAUUAGAUUUUAUACAAAAAAGUUCUGGACUUUAGCGGUGCUAAACCAAAAUUGGCUGCAAAAAUUAAUUGUAACCAAGUUAAUUUUUCUGAUUGAUUUUCGGCUACGAUGAUGUAGAAACGUAAAAAACAAAGAUGUUCAAGGUAUUAGACAAAUCGUUAUCUAACAUUUGUGUUUUUUUUAUUGUUAUAUGUUAUUGAAUAAAAAGUUAUCUCACAUUA